AUGGCAGAACACGAUGACUCGCUCGUCAUGCGCAGGCCAAAGCGGAGCACUGCUGGUAACAGGAUGGAGGCGGUUUUGGCUGAAUUUCGCGCGGAAGAUGUUGGCGUAGACGUGGAAGAAGACGUUGACUUUGUCGUUGAGAAAGACGAACAGGAUGCCUUUGGUUCUGACUUCGAGAGCACCGACGAAGAGGAGGCUCAAGAGGACACCAAUGGUUUGGAGGAGAGGAAGGCUUGGGAGGAUGAAAGACGGUCUCGCAAGACCGCUCGUUCCAAAUUGGACAGGGUAACUGCCGCCGCGCAUGCGCGCCACAAGGCCACUUUCAAUCCGCAGCUGGAAGACCAGCAGACGAGGGAACGUGACGGUAGCAAAGUGAAGAGGAGGGUGUCCAUGGGUUCGGUCAUCGACGCGGAAACGGGAGAAGUUGUAGAGGGGACUAAGAGACAUAGUCGGAGAUCGCACACGAUGCAGAAUACAUCAGAGACUGCCAGCCGCAUGAAAGACGCAGAAGUGAAGAAGGUAUGCCUCAGCUCUACAGUACCAAAGAAAGCAAAGACCCCCGAACGACUGCCGACUCAACGUGAGCUCAUCGAGCGUGCGCUGAAGAUGGAGGAAGGCAACAUCAAAGAACAUCGCGAGUAUCUCAGCACGGAAGAAGAGAAGCGCAAGAAAGCGCGUCUCGUGCGCACCGCCGUGCAGGGACCUCUCCUGCGGUGGAUCAGCAAAGCGGAAGAGGUCACCGUGCGAGUCGAGCCUCCGCCCCCCGCACCGCCGUCAUACACAUAUGCCCAUGCUGCAUAUCCGUACUACCCGCCGCCGCCGCCUCCUCCACAGAGUACGCGCUCGCCGGCGUCGAAUGCUGCACCAAGAUCGUACUUACAUGUAUCAGCUUCAUAUCAUGCCGACCUCCAGAAAUCUGAUCCUUCGGCUACUCCCCAGUCACAACCUCAAUAUCCUACGUACUCUGCGGACUACCACACACAAUAUUCACCGCCGGCUCCGUCUCAUCCGCAGGCUCCAUCCUCUGCACCAUACACACAUCCGGCCUCGCAAUAUGCUUCUCAUCCAGAGCCCCAGCAAACGCCUUCGACAUCGUACUCGCAGUCGGCUCAGUAUACACACCCGUACUACUACUACCAUCAGCAAUAUGCGCAGCCACAAGUGGCCCCUAGCCCCGCGGAGCCCAUAGAGCGGACAGAAAAGGUCACGAAGAACUACGUCAUACAUGAGCUGUCGCAGCAAGAGAAACAGCGCCCUCCGUGGCACUCGACCAUGAAGGCGAUGUUCGGGGACCAUGUCAAAUGGGAAGAGCUGAGGGUAUAUACGUCGAAAGGGAGACCUUUAUCUCGACCUGUGCUACGCUGUCCAAUCACUGGGAAGGUGGCGAAUUACCGCGACCCUCGAACGAACGUGCCGUUUGCAGACGUUGCUGCGUAUGAGACGUUGACCAAGGUCCUGGAGCACGAGUACGUAUGGAACGACAGCCUAGGCUGUUAUGUUGGCUAG